AUGGCUUCCAGUGCUUUGGUGACACCUCAGAUACAUGGCCUUCUGUAUAAGCAUCUGCGAUUUCAUAUUGUUGGAGCAUUCAUUGUAUCCCUGAGUGUUGCAGCUUUCUGUAAGUUUGCUGUGGCUAAACCAAGAAAUAAGGCAUAUGCAAAUUUCUACAGAAAUUAUGAUACCAUGAGAGAUUUUGAAAAGAUGAGGAAGGCUGGUAUCCUUCAGACUACAAAGUGA